AUGCGCGCGCGAGCAGACUCCGUGCGCGCCCGCGCCGACCGCGAGCUCGAGCACCUCCUCGCGUCCGCGUCGGCGCUCGCGGCGGGGCCCGCGCCCCCGCUGCUGCCGCCCGUGGCCACGGGGGCGCCCAUUGCGGAGGUCGAGUUCGUGCGCAAGCGGAUCCAGCCCAAGAUUCAGGAGCUCCGGAGGCACUACUCGUCGCGGGCGCUCGACGCCCGGUGGCCGGCCGCCGGCGCCGGCGCCGGCGCCAGCAGCCUCCGCAUCGACCUCUCGGGGAUUACGGCCGUUCGCAACGCUAUUGUAGCAGAAGGGGAAGGCGGAGAUAGGUGGAGGAGGAUCGCGCGGCGGAAGGGGGACCAGGACGAGGAGGCGGAGGGGAGGAAGGCGUGGGAGGUGGUCCGGAUGAUACAGCGCGGGCUCAAGGAGUUCGAGCGCCGGAGCCUGUCCAGCGACAUGUUUGCUGGAUUCCGAGGCCGUGGCGAGUUUGUGGAAAAAUUUAAGUUGAGCAUGAAUUCACUGAACAAGGACUAUCAGGAAUCCAAGGAAGUUCCACCACUGCAUCUAACUGAAAUUCUGGCAUAUCUGGUUCGGCAAUCUGGGCCAUUUUUAGAUCAACUUGGCAUACGGAGAGACCUUUGUGACAAACUAGUGGAGAUGUUAUACAGUAAACGAAAUGGUCGGCUCAUGGUAUUAGAAAGUACUGGUUAUCACACAGAUGAAGGUUUUUGGAUUGACCCUGCAAAGUACAAGAUCUCAGACAACAGACGGCAUGUUGCUAUUGUCACCACAGCAAGCCUUCCAUGGAUGACAGGAACAGCAAUCAAUCCAUUGUUUCGUGCUGCAUAUCUGGCAAGAAGUGCAAAGCAGAAGGUGACAUUGGUGGUUCCAUGGCUCUCUAAGUCAGAUCAAGAAUUGGUUUACCCAAAUAACAUCACCUUCAGUUCGCCAGAAGAGCAAGAAACUUAUAUAAGGAACUGGCUGCAGGAAAGAAUUGGUUUUGAAGCAAAUUUUAAGAUAUCCUUUUAUCCUGGCAAGUUCUCAAAAGAGCGCCGCAGCAUUAUUCCUGCUGGGGAUACUUCACAGUUUAUCUCCUCAAAAGAAGCUGAUAUAGCGAUUUUAGAAGAACCGGAGCAUCUCAACUGGUAUCAUCAUGGAAAGCGUUGGACUGACAAGUUCAAUCACGUCAUUGGUGUAGUUCAUACAAAUUACCUGGAAUAUAUCAAGAGAGAGAAAAAUGGUGCUAUUCAAUCUUUUCUUGUUAAACAUAUCAAUAACUGGGUGACUAGAGCAUACUGCCAUAAGGUUUUACGUCUUUCUGCUGCAACUCAAGAUCUACCGAGGUCUGUUGUUUGUAAUGUACAUGGUGUAAAUCCAAAGUUUCUUAAUGUUGGUGAGAAAAUAGCAGCUGAUAGGGAGUGUGGACAGAAGGUCUUUAAUAAGGGAGCAUAUUUCCUUGGUAAGAUGGUGUGGGCUAAAGGUUAUAGAGAGCUGAUCGAUUUAUUAUCCAAACACAAGAACGACCUGGAAGGAUUCAUGAUAGAUGUAUAUGGAAAUGGUGAGGACUCUGAAGCUGUCCAGAAUGCUGCUAGGAAAUUUGAUUUGAGCAUCAACUUUUUCAAGGGAAAGGACCAUGCAGAUGAUUCACUCCAUGGGUAUAAGGUUUUCGUCAAUCCAAGUGUUAGUGAUGUGCUAUGCACAGCAACAGCUGAGGCCCUUGCAAUGGGGAAAUUUGUAGUCUGUGCAGAUCAUCCAUCAAACGAUUUUUUUAAGUCAUUCCCUAACUGCUUAACAUAUAGAACUUCAGAGGAAUUUGUUGCUCGUGUCAAAGAAGCCAUGACUACUGAACCUCAACCUCUGACCCCAGAGCAACGAUACAGUUUGUCAUGGGAAGCAGCGACUGAGAGGUUUAUGGAGUACUCAGAGCUUGACAAAGUUCUGAACAGAAAUGGCCACCCUGGACGAAAUGGGAAGAUUAACAAAGCAAGAAAGAUACCGUUACUUCCUAAAUUGUCAGAUGUGGUGGAUGGGGGACUGGCAUUUGCUCAUCACUGCCUGACUGGUAACGAAAUCCUCAGAUUAGCGACGGGAGCAAUUCCUGGUACACGCGACUAUGAUAAACAGCAGUGCAUGGAUCUGAACCUCCUGCCUCCUCAAGUUCAACACCCUGUAUAUGGCUGGUGA